AUGGCUCAUGUAAUAACACGCAUAAAUGCUCGUGAAAUAUUGGAUUCCCGAGGAAAUCCUACCGUUGAAGUUGAUCUUGAAACCACCCUUGGAAUUUUCAGAGCAGCAGUACCAUCAGGAGCUUCAACUGGUAUAUAUGAAGCCCUUGAAUUAAGAGAUAAUGAUAAAAGUAGAUAUUUAGGAAAGGGUGUGCAACAAGCUAUAAAAAAUAUUAACGAAAUCAUAGCUCCAAAAUUAAUUGGAUUAGAUUGUAGAGAACAAAAAAAAAUCGACAAUAUGAUGGUUCAAGAAUUAGAUGGAAGUAAGACUGAAUGGGGAUGGUCAAAGAGUAAAUUAGGAGCAAAUGCAAUAUUAGCUAUUUCAAUGGCUAUAUGUAGAGCAGGUGCGGCAGCAAAUAAAACAUCCUUAUAUAAAUAUUUAGCCCAAUUAGCUGGUAAAAAUACAGAAAAAAUGAUUUUACCAGUUCCAUGCUUAAAUGUUAUUAAUGGAGGUUCACAUGCAGGAAAUAAAUUAUCUUUUCAAGAAUUUAUGAUCGUUCCAGUUGGAGCACCAAGCUUUAAAGAAGCAAUGAGAUAUGGAGCUGAAGUAUAUCAUACUUUAAAAUCUGAAAUUAAAAAAAAAUAUGGUAUUGAUGCUACAAAUGUUGGUGAUGAAGGUGGAUUUGCUCCAAACAUAUUAAAUGCUCAUGAAGCUCUUGAUUUAUUAGUAGCAUCUAUUAAAAAGGCAGGAUAUGAAAAUAAGGUAAAGAUUGCUAUGGAUGUAGCUGCUUCAGAAUUUUAUAAUAUCGAAACUAAAACAUAUGACCUUGAUUUUAAAACACCAAAUAAUGACAAAUCAUUAGUUAAAACCGGACAAGAAUUAGUUGACUUAUAUAUUGAAUUAGUUAAGAAAUAUCCAAUUAUUUCAAUUGAAGAUCCUUUUGAUCAAGAUGAUUGGGAAAAUUAUGCAAAAUUAACAGAAGCUAUUGGAAAAGAUGUACAAAUUGUUGGUGAUGAUUUAUUAGUUACUAAUCCAACUAGAAUUGAAAAAGCUUUAGAAAAAAAAGCUUGCAAUGCUUUGUUAUUAAAAGUUAACCAAAUCGGUUCAAUUACUGAAGCCAUUGAAGCUUGUUUAUUAUCUCAAAAAAAUAACUGGGGUGUUAUGGUUUCACAUCGAUCUGGAGAAACUGAAGAUGUAUUUAUAGCUGAUUUAGUAGUUGCAUUAAGAACUGGACAAAUUAAAACAGGAGCACCAUGCAGAAGUGAAAGAAAUGCAAAAUAUAAUCAAUUGUUUAGAAUUGAAGAAUCAUUAGGUGCUAAUGGAUCAUUUGCUGGUGAUAAAUUCAGAUUACAAUUAAAUUAA